AUGGUCGACUACACCCAGGUGCCCAACCCGGCUGCCAACAACGCCGCCGAGGCAGACAUUGGCGAGCGCAACUCGUUCAUGAGCGCAAACUCGAGCUCGGAACCCAUUCAUGACGGCGGCCUCCUGGGCGGCAACCUUGCCGCUCCCGCGCCGUCCAUCAUGUCGCGCGACUCGACCUAUGGCUCCCUCAACACCCCGUCCAUCUCGGGCGACGGCGCUCGCUCGUCGUGGGGCAGCGGCCAGCUCUUGGGUGCCAGUGGCAACGCAGCACUCCCCGCCGGUGCAGACUAUCCCAAUGCCCCGCGCGUCCAGUCGGGUCUUUCCCAAGGCUACACUUCUCCCUUCCCCGACGACGUCGAUUCGCAGGGCCACUAUGCACCCGACGGUGCCGUCCCAGCCACCGACAAGGAGGUCCCCGCUUGGGCCGCGUCAAAUGUGCAGCGCAAGCGCAAGAGCCGCAAGGUCAUGUGGCUUGCCCUGCUGGCGUUGCUGCUGGUGUGCAUCGGUGUUGGCGUCGGCGUUGGUCUCGGUAUUUCCAAGCCAUGGAAGAACAGUGGCAAGCAAGACGCAGCCGACUCGAACGCAUCAGAGUCUGCUGCCGUUGAGUCGUCCAAGAGCGCCAACGGCGAAACUGCCACUGCCACUGCGACCAGCACUUCCGCCACUGCUUCGGCCACCCCUACCUCGGGCACCAAGGGCUCGACUCUUUACUUUGAGGACGGCACAACUGCCACAUACGACAACAACUUUGGCGGUACCUGGGUUUGGGACGAGAGCAACCCUACCAACAAUGCCGCACAGUGCAACUCCUGGACGCCAGCCCUCAGCCAGAACUGGACCUGGGGCGUUGACACUGUCCACGGUGUCAACCUGGGCGGUUGGCUCAACACUGAACCCUUCAUCGUUCCGGGCCUUUACGAAAAGUAUGCCAACGGCUCCGCCGGCACUGCCGUCGACGAGUACACUCUUUCGAUCAACAUGGGCGACAACCUGACCGCGGCCAUGACCGAGCACUACGACACAUUCAUUACUGAGCGCGACUUUUACGAGAUUGCCGCUGCGGGCCUCAACUGGGUCCGUCUCCCCAUUGCGCACUGGGCCAUCAAGACCUGGGACGGCGAGCCGUACCUCGAGGGUGUCUCGUGGCAGUAUGUUCUCAAGGCUAUCAAGUGGGCUCGCAAGUACGGACUCCGUAUCAACCUCGACCUGCACACUGUCCCCGGCUCGCAGAACGGUUGGAACCACUCUGGCAAGAUGGGCAACAUCAACUUUAUGAGCGGCCCCAUGGGUCUCGCCAACGCUCAGCGUACCCUCGACUACAUUCGCACCCUUGCCCAGUUCAUCUCGCAGCCCGAGUACCUGCCUGUUAUCCCUCUCUUUGGUUUCAUCAACGAGCCCAACGGUGGCCCCAUUGGCCAGAACGCAGUCGGCAGCUUCUACUACGAGGCCUACAACACUAUCCGUGAGGUUACCGGCUUUGGUGAGGGCAACGGCCCCAUGGUCUCGAUGCACGAUGCCUUCCUCGGUGUUAGCUCGUGGUACAACUUUGCCCGUGGUGCCGACCGCAUGGCCCUCGACCAGCACCCCUACCUCGUCUUCCAGGACCAGCCCACCCAGUCCCUCUCGACCAUCAACCAGCUCCCUUGCCAGACUUGGGCCACUGGAAGCUCGAGCACCAACACCUCGUCCAACUCGUUUGGUGUCAUCACCGCGGGCGAGUUCUCGGCUGCCAUCAACGACUGUGGCCAGUGGGUCAACGGUGUCGGUCUUGGACAGCGCUACGACGGUACCUAUGCUGGUUACUCUGGCAAGUCGACCGGUUCGUGCACACCUUGGAACGACUGGACCACCUGGGACGACACCACCAAGGCUGGUGUCAAGGCCUUUGCCGUGUCGUCCAUGGACGCUCUCCAGAACUGGUUCUUCUGGACCUGGAAGAUUGGAAACUCGACCCAGGGCGAGGUCGCCCAGCCCAACCCCUUCUGGCACUACCGUCUUGGUCUCCAGAACGGCUGGAUCCCCACCGACCCUCGUGAAGCCAUCGGCGCCUGCCAGGCCCUCGGUGUCACUGGCACCGACUUUUCGGGCACCUACGCCUCGGCUUGGAUGACCGGUGGUGGCAGCGGCCUGACCACUCUUGCCAACGAGGCUUCGUACGCCUGGCCCCCACAGUCGUUCACCGACGUCGCCUCGGCAUCCAUGUCGUCGCUGCCCCAGUACACCCAGACUGCCGACCCCAUCACCCUCGCCGCGGCAACUUACACUGCGGCCGGCUCGACCUCGACCGCCAACAUGGGCAACGGCUGGCACAACCCCAACGACUCGACCCGCAAGGCAUACGCACCCGUCUCAGGAUGCGCGUACCAGGACGAGUACAGCGCCGCCACCUCUGGCAUCCCCGCCAACGCAUGUGGUGCCGGUGUGUCGCAGCCCACGCGUCGCUCCGUCGACGAGCGCGCAGCCAUGCCCGGUCCCACUGCCGCCCCCCGCCGCCGCUAA